CACAACAACUUUCACAAACUGCCGCCAGUGUUCUGCGUUUUGCAAUUUGCAAUACAGUAGACUAUCAAAAGUUUUCAACUGCAAUAGAAAAGAAAACAAAGGCAAACAUGAGCACCACGGAUGGAACUUGCUCUGCCGCGGCGUUGGCAGAAGCCGUCUCUGACAUUGCAACUCCCUUAUGGAAGGUUGUGAUCUUGUCGAUCUUUGCCUUCCCCACCGCCUUUUGGGUCGUCAUGUAUUUGAUUCCCCAGGUAUAUAUGGCCUUUCGYCCCGUUCCCGAUCUAAAGAAACGAUACGAUGCGACCUGGUCCCUAGUGACGGGUGGAGGAUCUGGAAUCGGCAAGGCUCUUGCCUUCAAAUUGGCGCGGCAGGGUCUCAACGUCGUGGUAGUUUCUCUCGACGACGACAUUCUCAAGGCAACGAUGAAACAGCUCAAGGAGACCUUUCCGAAACUUGAGUUUCGCUCGGUUGGUGUUUCGUUUUCUCCGGGAAUCGAUUACCUAAAAAAAAUUGAGGAGGCCACCAAGGACAUUGAAAUUCCGAUUGUCUUCAACAACGCUGGGUUUCUCGUGACUGGAUUCUUCGACCAAGCUCCGCUCGGCAAGCUCUUGGCCAACAUGGAAUGUACGUGGCGCGCUGGUGGAUUUUUGUCCGAUAAACACCGUUUGUAUAUUUCUCUGCCUUUGUGCGAAGAAACCAAAAAGAUACAAGUUCGAACUCUUCUCUUUCCAAUCUAAUUCUUUCGUUUUCGUAUGUUCCUCAAAAAGGCAACGCAACGGCCGCAGUCAAUAUUUCCCACCAUUUCUCAUCAAAACUAGUCAGUGCAAAAAAGAAGGGUUGCAUUGUGUUCACUUCCAGUGUCGCUGGAUUUAUUCCAACACCUUUCUCGGGUAUGUACGGAGCCACCAAGGUACGUCCCACACGGCAGUCGGUACUAUUGCUACACCUCUGCGAAUAGCGAUGGUGGAAGGCAUUGUGUCACCAUCGUUUAUUCGUGUAUUUUGGAGUGUGUGUGCGUUUGGAUUUGUGUGGUUGCUUACAACUUUUGCGUCCGCACGUUCGACCUUUCCUUUUCCGCUUGCGUUCAAGGCAUUUGUGAGUCAAUUGGCUUGCAGUUUGCACAUCGAAUUGCAAUCCCUUGGCAUCGACGUCUGUGCCGUGCACCCAUCCCCGGUAGCCAGCAACUUUUACAACGAUCUCGACCACAAGAUCGAUAUCUUGGAGAGUGCCUGCAAGCAGGCUGUACCGCCCGAGGAUCUGCCCGACGACAUCUUUCGCAGCAUCGGGUGCUGUGCGCUCCGAGAUCUGGGAGCCAUGGCGUGGAGUUCUCGAAUGGGAACCUUUUUCCUUCCAUACAACUUUUUCACGGAGAUGUUUGCUGCAGCAGCUCCCUUUUUACCCGACUGGAAGACUCAUAACAAGACGCGUAGUUAAGAUCUACUACUAAUUUCUAAGUAUGCAUACAUUAUACCUGC